UCUACUCACUCACGCAAGAAGGAAACAAAGAAAACCCUCUCCACCUGUGCCCUUCCUGUUCCAGCCUCCCACUCCUAUUGCCACACUGGUUGGCUCAUCCCCGGGGCCUCUGCCCUCAGGCCUCCUCUGAGGUAGGCUGGGCCUCAUCUGAUUUCUGCUGUGACUGCCCACCCACCCCUGUGCUGCCGAGGAGAGGCCCCCUUCCUGCUCAGAGCCCCAGGGUCAGAGCCUCCCAGCGUGUGUGGGCUGGCUGAGGGGAAGCAGCGUGCCCGCAGCCCUGGGGCUAAGGGGAGACUUGGGGCUGUUAGCAAGAUAGCUGCUCAUCGGAACAUGCCUCACAGCUCGCUUGGCUCCACAGCUCUGCCGAGGCCAGGGCUCAAGGGUUGUGGGGGGGUGGGGCAGGGCACCAAGCACAGACUCCAGAAGGACCCAGGGGCAGAGGUCUGCCCCGCUCUCAGGACGCCAGCCUUACGGAAAGGGAUCUCUUGCCUGUCAGCAAUGCCAGCCCACCUCCUCCACCAAGGCCCAGCCUAAAGAGAGAUCACAAGUAGACGGAGAGACAGGCAGAAAGACAGAGAGAGAGAGAGAGAGAGAGAAGCAGGCUCCCCAGCGAGCAGAGAGCCCGACGUGGGACUUAAUCCCAGGACCCUGAGAUCAUGACCCGAGACGAAUGCAGCAGUUUAACCCACUGAACCACCCGGGCGCCCCCACAUAACAGUACCGCCUGCCAAGCUCCCGGUUCACACACAGCCUUCUGCUGGUACCAGUGGCUCGGGAUAGGUCCGGGGAGCCUCGCUGUCUCGCCCACUAGUCCCAGCCACAGGGGCCGGGGAGCGAGGGAUCUUUUUCUCCUGAGGAGUUCUAGUUCUACUCAGACCCAUUCCCGAGGACAAGCGGGCAGAGACCCAGAUUCCAGCUCUUGGAACCAGCUGCCUCUGGCAUCGCCUCCGCUUCCUGCCAGGAAGAGCCAGGAGAAGUGGCAACAUGUGUUAGCUGUUGACAAUUAAGAAAAGGCUUAGGAGGAGAAGCUGAAGCCAGAGAGGUUGCUGUGACAGCGGAUAUGAUCACCCCAACUCUUUCCAACAUCGGAGGGAGGACCUUGGAGGCCAGGACUCUUCAGGUGACUGAGGGCAGCCUGGACAGAGAGAAAGACCAGAGCAGUGCCAUCUUUUCCGGGUUUGCAGGAUUCCUUGCCAUCCUCCUGACUACUGUGAUUUUCUACAGCCUGUGGAACUGGAGUAAAUGGAAGAAGUACCGACAAGCUCCUUACUUUCGAGUUACCAUCAUGCCCUUACUGUCUCUGUCUCGACCCAGACAAGGAGCUAAAAAUAUUUAUGACUCCUUACCCCAGAGGCGAGACGAGCUGGGGAGACGUCAGUCAAGAAGUAACCGUAUUUUUAGUACCGAGAGCCUCCUGUCCAGAAAUUCCGAUAGCCCUCCUUCUGAGCCUGUGCCCUCCCAAGCAGGCAGUGGCCUCUGGCUGCACGGAGACCAUGCUCCUGCCAAUGGCUAUGCAGUAGGCAUCUAUGACAAUGCCACAUGGCUCCAGAUGUGUGGGGACCUCACUCCCUCGGCAAACUAUGUCAAUAUCAGAACAACCAGAGACUGCCGGAGCAUUUCUUCAGAGGAUUCAAGAGAUUACAUCAAUGUCCCCACAGCAGAGGAGAUUGCUAAGGCUCUAGCUUCUACCAACAGCACCCCUGAGAACCUCUUCACCCUCCCAAGUGCCCAGGAGCAGGAGCUAGAGCUUAUUGAGGAAAAAGACAAGGGCUAUGGGAAUGUCAGUGACCAUGCCAGUUUUCGGUCUCCAAGAUCCAAGAGUGAUGAUCCACUCAGUGAUGAGGAAGGCUCAUCUGAGACCUCGAAUGACUAUGUCAACAUGGCAGGGUUGAAUCUUGAGACCCUCCAGGGGAAGCAGCCACGGAUGGCUUUCCAGUGCUAUCGGGAUUAUGAAAAUGUCCCAUCAGCACUUAUCAAUAGAAACCAGCAGCAGGUGGAAGAAGUGAUCCCCUCAAACCCAGACCACGUAGAAGGCAGGACGGAGAAUCCAGAUACCCACAUCCAAUUUGUCAUGCAAUCAGGGAGGGUUCUGGCUCUAGGGGAACCUGUGACCCGUCAGCCAUCUGCACAGAGUGAGACUAGUCAGAUAGAACAUGGAGAAGAAAUGUCAAAUGACACUUCUAAUGACUAUGAGAAUGUGCUACCUGCCAAGUCCAGAGACAGGGACUCCACGCACAGGCCACACACAUAGCUUCUUCCUGACAAAUUAGGACCCAGGCACCCAGCUGAAGAGUUCCGUGGAGUAGUCUAUCCUGCUGGAUCCAUAGCCUCUAAAGGGGCUGGUGUAGACCACUGACCAUCCUUGUAUUUCAGAGUUCUUUCAGGUAGACUACAAAGAGGCUGAGAUACACAGAAGCUAAGGGACUCACAAAAGCCAGCAUCUGGGAAAGCCAGAAAAGAAUUCUUCCCAAGCAGGGUGCUAGUAACUCUCAUACCAACCUAAGAAUGUUUGCUGAAACUGCCUUAUAGGAUGGUUACUAGAUUAAAAAUGAGAGUACUUUCAUGCACAGUAGAAACAUGAGGUGUCCAAAAUUGUUACCUUGGCAAAUACCAGCAGGACACAAAACAAGAAUACGGAUUAGUUUGUAAUCCUGGCAGAAGCCAAAAAGAAGGAAGAAGUCGGAGUUGGGGUGGGGUGGCAGUUUCCCGUUGAAAAAGAGUGUGGACAACAAAAUGCUAGAGAACAUGUGGACACCAGAGGGUCAUUCAUUGCAACUGUUUGACAGUUUCUUUUAAACCUGCAAUUACUAUACAGCCAACCCAUUCCACUCCUGAGUGUUUACCCAAGCGAACUGAAAACUUGUGUUCAUACAGAAGCCCAUAUAUGACUAUUUAUAGCAGCUUUAUUCACAAUUGCCAAAACUAGAAAUAAGCCAGAUGUCCUUCAACAGGUAAAUGGAAAAAUGAACUGUGGUAUAUCCAUGUAAUCCAUGUAAUAAAGUUAUCUAUACUCAGCAGGAAAAAGGAAUGAACUAUUGGUUUGUGCAACAACAUGGACAAAUCUUAAAUACAUUUUGCUGUGAAAGAAGCUAGACCUAAAAAUCUACACAUUGUAUGAUUCCACUCAUAUGACAUUCCGGAAAAGACAAAACUAUAGGGAUGGAAAACAGAUCAGUGGUUGCCAGGUUUAGGGAAAGGGAAGUUCACUCCAGAGGAAUUUUUAGGUUGCUGGGGUUCUUCCGUAUCAUAUUGUGGUGAUGGAUACAGGACUCGGUGCAUUUGUCAGAACACAAACUAUAUAGCACCACGAGUGGCUUUUACUGUAUGUAAAUUUUUUUAAUUAACCACGCUGUCAGGGGAAGCCAUGAUGGAAUGCAGAUUAAGACAAAUAAAGCUAACUAUAUUACAGAUGAAGGGGGUGGGAGGGAAAAGGAGCUGGUCUAAUUAACUUUGGGAAAUCAUGUUUUCACUUGAAACUGUAAGAUAGAGACACACAGAAAACUACACAAACACUGUACUCUAGUUGGUAAAUUCAUAUCUCAGAGGUAUAUAGGUUAGAAAUCUUGAAACUACUUUAAAUGUAUACUAAGAUUCAACAAAUAAGUAAGUAUAGAUAAGGAGGGGUAGGCUUCUCACUAUUUGAAAGGCUACAAUGGGGGCGCCUGGGUGGCUCAGUGGCUUAAGCCUCUGCCUUUGGCUCAGGUCAUAAUCCCGGGAUCCUGGGAUCGAGCUCCGCAUUGGGCUCUCUGCUCAGCAGGGAGCCUGUUUCCACCUCUCUCUCUGCCUGCCUCUCCACCUACUUGUGAUCUCUGUCUGUCAAAUAGAUAAAUAAAUAAAACAUUUUUUUAAAAAAAA